AUGUCUGGGCAGUACCUGGAAGCUUCCACCUCGGCUCGAGAGGACGGCGGAAUUGAUGUGACCGUCAAGGUGAAGCAGCCAGGUUUGGAAAGCCUCUUACCAGACAACCGAUCAGCAGAUAGCCCGCGAUUGCCGGAAGUCCCUCUCAGCGCAGUCAAACCACUGAAUAUCGUUAUCCAGAUCGUUGAAAGCGGAGUGAGGGUGCGCUACAGCAUAAUGGUAGAUUUCACCGUAAUGGUAGAUUUGAUCCAAAACACAUACUAUUAUGUAUUUGAAGCUAUUCCCACCACCCAACAUGCCUAA